AUGGUGUCCUGUGCUGCCCUCAUCCUGGGUCCUCUUUGGAUCCACGGUCUGAUUCAAGCUUGCAUGGCUGAGGAGCUGUCCCGUGGGGCUGUGCUAUCCUGGUUCAAAGUACGGGUUCUGGAGGGUCUCGGGCUCGAAGAACCCCCUCUGAGCACGCUGCAAGGUCCCGAUGCAGAUAGGUUACCUCCUGAUACGAGGCACCUGCACCAGAGGGCCCACAGGACAAGCAGAACAUCAUGGGUUAAUCCUCAAACCCGUCCGAACCAGGAAUCAUCGCAAAUAAUUCUGUUCCCGGGUUCAGACUGCACCAAAUCGGACUCAGCUCAGGGAGAAACUGCAAACAGACAUAUGACAUAUUACUUCCAGCCCUCCAUCAACAGCCAGGACACUGUAGUCACAUCAGCCCACUUCUGGUUCUUCGCAGGCGAAACAGUCACAGCUAACUCCUCCGCCCAGCUUUUCAUUGUAACCACAGCACUAGAACGACUCCAGGCAGCGGAGGCUCCAUCAAAGUCAAGCUCUGAUGGAUGGACCACCUACCCUCUGGAUCAAAACCUGCUGGCCCUCGUCGCCGAAGGCCCCUUUCUUCUUCAGGUCCACUGUCCAGCCUGUCAGUGCCACGCAGGAGAACCAGACAAGAUGCCCUUUCUUCACCUCCAUGUUCAACCUCGUGGACCUUCCCGGUCACCCCGCAAUGCAGCAGUGACCAUUCCCUGGUCUCCCUCUGCCAUCUAUCUUCUGCAGCGUCCCUCUCAGGAGAGGCCUCUACACAGCGACUGCCACCGAGCAGAGAUCGACAUCAGCUUUGAGGAGCUGGGGUGGGACAACUGGAUCGUCCAUCCGAAAGUGCUGACGUUUUACUACUGUCACGGAAACUGCUCGGGUGGGGAUCGAACCACUGCAAUGUUGGGGAUCACUCAGUGUUGCGCUCCCGUCCCGGGGACCAUGAGGUCCCUGAGGAUCACCACGACAUCUGAUGGUGGAUACUCAUUCAAGUAUGAGACCUUGCCUAACAUUAUACCUGAAGAGUGUACAUGUAUCUGA